CGCUGUUAAAAUCCGAGAUUAGUGUCCUGAGUAUACACCGUCGUUGUGAUGUAAAUGUUUUAUUUAGCUAGACAAGUCAGUUGAGAACAAAUUCUUAUUUACAAUGACGGCCUACCAAAAGGCCUCCUACGGGAACGAGGCUGGGAUUUUUUAUAUUUUUUAAAUAGGACAAAACACACAUCAUGACAAGAAACAACAACAUAGCAUUGGCGGCAACACAACAUGACAACAACAUGGUAGCAGCACAAAACAUGGUAUCAACCUUUUUGGGCAAUUAUGUGUAUAUGCCUACGUCUUCUCAUUACAAACCAGUUUGCAGUGGGUCCUGGACAAACAGGACCUGAUGAAGGAGCGUCAGAAGGAUAUGAAGUUUAUGAAUGAGGAGGAGUACUGGAAACUGCAGAUCUUCUUUGCCAAUGUCAUCCAGGCCCUGGGUGAACACCUGAAGCUCCGUCAGCAGGUCAUCGCCACAGCAAUCGUCUACUUCAAACGUUUCUAUGCCAGGUACUCCCUGAAGAGUAUAGACCCGGUGCUCAUGGCUCCUACAUGCGUGUUCCUGGCUUCUAAAGUGGAGGAAUUUGGUGUUGUUUCAAACACUCGUCUGAUCUCUGCAGCUACGUCCGUGUUAAAAACCAGAUUUUCCUAUGCCUUCCCAAAGGAGUUCCCUUAUAGAAUGAACCAUAUAUUAGAAUGUGAGUUCUACCUACUGGAGCUCAUGGACUGCUGUUUGAUAGUGUACCACCCCUACAGACCCUUGCUGCAGUAUGUGCAGGACAUGGGGCAGGAGGACAUGCUACUGCCGUUGGCCUGGAGAAUAGUGAAUGACACUUAUAGGACAGACCUCUGUCUACUCUACCCUCCCUUCAUGAUCGCUCUAGCCUGUCUGCAUGUUGCCUGUGUGGUGCAGCAGAAGGACGCCAGGCAAUGGUUCGCUGAGCUCUCUGUAGACAUGGAGAAGAUUCUGGAGAUCAUCCGAGUCAUCCUAAAGCUUUAUGACCAGUGGAAGAACUUUGACGAGAGGAAGGAGAUGGCUGUUGUGAUCCACAAGAUGCCUAAACCCAAGCCUCCUCCCAACAGUGAGAAUGACCAGAGCUCUAAUGGGAACCAGAACAACUCCUACAGCCAGUCAUAGGCAACGAGAUGGUAUCCAUGGACAGGGUGCAGGGGGAAACUUAUGUCGCACAAUACCGUGGUGUGACAUCAGACAAAUCAUAUGUAUUUCAACUGAUAGAAUAGCAGAAAAAAACAGGGUACCAAAAAAGCCCAAACCCUCUUUUCUGAUAUGGUUAUCCCAACCAGAAGACCAAGUCUGCACACGCUCAGUCCGCCUUUGCUCAUACGAUAACUCAUCAGAGAGAUGGCCACAGGAAUGCUGGCAUCAGUCAAUCGGUGCCAGCAGUCAUGUGUUGCCACGUUACUCCGUCUCUCAACAGUUAACUUUAUGGACCUAAACCAUACUGCAAGAAACAGGAGGAUGUAGGCAAGGAGGGGGGGGGACUUUGAGUUGUGAUUAUCCUGACAUCCUUGAACUCUCUCAGGGAUCAGUCAUGUAAUAUGGAGCUCCGUGGGACCAGAGAACUUGACCAUUAGUGAGUGUGCGCGUGCGUGAUUGAGUGGCCCAUUUUGAUAGUUGCUUCAUUCCUCAGGGAUAAUAGUAGUCCUUUAUACUGGUAUCUGUCAGAUGAUUGUACCCUGUACUGUUUUAGAUGCGAUCUGAUAGGAUGUAAGGCUGUUUGAUUGUUACCCGAUUGGAUGUCCUGCUAUCUGAGGUCUACAUUGAUUGGUUGCAGAGAUUAGCAGGUGAAGUCACGGGCGAGAAUGUAAUUUCCAGGGGUGCACACUAGAUUCAGAUGUCUUCAUUUACUGUUAUAUCUCCUGCCCAGCCCAUCUCCAGCCUUUGCAAAUAGCCUUACGCAUAUCUUUAUUCCUUUUAUUUUAAUCUUUUUGUGUUUCGCUUGAUGAGCAAAUGUGCAUGGGUAUAAAUCAUGAACUGUAUUAGCUAAGUCUGCUUCAAGUAAAAGUGCUCAAAUGUGUUUACUAUCAUGAUAAAAAAAAUAAAAAAAACAUUGUCUAAGGA